AUGGCUGUGACCAACCAGCCAAAAGGCUAUCCUCCCUCUGACUUCCAGACCGGCCUGUGUGCGUUCUACAGCGACUGUGGGACCUGCUGCUAUGGUCUGUGCUGCUUCCCGUGCAUGGCCUGCUCCAUAGCCGGGGACAUGGAUGAGUGCUGCCUGUGUGGGAUAAACAUGGCCAUGCGCAGCGUCUACAGAACCAGAUACAACAUCAAUGGAUCCCUGUGUUCUGAUUUCAUGGCGUAUGUUUGUUGCCCGAUCUGUGCCAUCUGCCAGCUCAAGAGAGACAUUGACCGCAGGAAGGAACAAGGCGUUUUCUGA